UCGCGGGCCCCAUUUUAUGGCAAUAAAGCGAUUUAGCGCCUGCUGAGCGAGCCCCUCCCUGCCGCCGCCCCCGCCCUCAGCCCCACCCCGGGGCUCGCCUGCAGCGGCGGGGCUUUGUUUCUGGGGAGGAGGACCCGGAGCUCUUUUGUUUGGGGGUUUGGUGUUUUCACCCCCCACCCCCACCCCCCGCGCCUCUCCGGUUUCCUGAGCUCCUUGCUGCAAGGCAGGAGAAGCGGCGUCUUGCAACCCCCUCGGCUGGGCCCCGGGGUAAUUCGAUGCGGGCCUGGAGAGGCUCCCCACGCUAAACCCGGGCUCGCGUCUCGGCAGCCUCCACCCACCUGCCCACCCUACAUUUAGCGCAUCAUGUGAUCCGGUGUGGAAUGUAGAUGUGAUGGCUGGAUCUAGCUGCCAAAUUGAGUCACUAGGAUGGAGUCUAAUCCUAGGAAUUGUGGAGCUGUGAGCUGAUCAAUGUGACUCUAGAAACAAAUGGAUGAAUGAAUGUCCAUAUGAAGAGGAAGUCAAUAAAGAAUAUCAAUACCUUUGAGAACAGAAUGUUAAUGCUUGAUGGGAUGCCGGCAGUCAGAGUCAAAACAGAGCUGUUGGAAUCUGAACAAGGGUCUCCAAACGUCCACAACUACCCCGAUAUGGAAGCUGUCCCCCUGUUGCUAAACAAUGUGAAAGGGGAGCCCCCAGAGGACUCGUUAUCUGUAGAUCACUUCCAAACACAAACUGAGCCAGUGGACUUGUCAAUAAACAAAGCCAGGACAUCCCCUACAGCUGUUUCAUCCUCCCCAGUUUCCAUGACAGCGUCUGCCUCCUCGCCUUCUUCUACUUCAACCUCUUCAUCAUCUUCUAGUCGUCCAGCCUCAUCCCCAACUGUUAUAACAUCAGUAUCUUCAGCAUCAUCCUCGUCAACAGUGUUAACUCCAGGGCCCCUUGUUGCCUCUGCAUCUGGUGUGGGAGGCCAGCAGUUUUUGCACAUUAUCCAUCCUGUCCCACCUUCCAGUCCCAUGAAUUUACAGUCUAACAAACUGAGUCACGUCCACCGCAUCCCUGUGGUGGUACAGUCGGUGCCUGUCGUCUACACAGCUGUUCGGUCACCUGGCAAUGUGAACAACACUAUCGUCGUGCCGCUUUUGGAGGAUGGGAGAAGCCAUGGCAAAGCACAAAUGGACCCCCGAGGCCUAUCUCCCAGACAGAGUAAAAGUGACAGUGAUGAUGAUGACCUGCCAAAUGUGACCUUAGAUAGCGUUAAUGAAACUGGAUCUACGGCCCUUUCCAUAGCCAGAGCAGUACAAGAGGUCCAUCCAUCCCCAGUGUCAAGGGUCCGGGGAACUAGAAUGAAUAAUCAGAAGUUUGCUUGUUCAAUUUCACCAUUUAGUAUUGAGAGCACAAGACGCCAGAGACGUUCUGAAUCCCCAGAUUCCAGAAAACGGCGUAUCCACAGAUGUGAUUUUGAGGGAUGCAACAAAGUGUACACAAAAAGUUCUCACCUGAAGGCUCAUCGGAGGACACAUACAGGAGAGAAACCCUACAAGUGUACUUGGGAAGGCUGCACCUGGAAGUUUGCUCGUUCGGAUGAACUGACGAGGCAUUACCGCAAACACACGGGAGUGAAGCCAUUCAAGUGUGCGGACUGUGAUCGAAGCUUUUCCCGGUCAGAUCACUUGGCACUGCACCGCCGGCGGCACAUGCUGGUGUGAGGAAUGCUACCUGUCCAGCCGAGCGUAAGAGCUGGAUCUCUUAGCAGCACCCAAUUCAGCAGGGCUGAAUCCCCUUCACAGUGUUAACACAAAAGGGCAUCACCAUCCCAUGAUGUCUGAAACCAGAGCAGGAGAAAGCAGGAACGCUUCUCCUUUUUGGUCUGAAGGUAACCCCCAUCACGACUACACGAGAAACGUCUUCACGCUGGCCUGGGAGAUCAGUGACCUAAGUGCUGAAGAGACAGGCAUUGUUUUCCAUGCCGUGUCCUCUGCCAUUGAAAGAUGUUUGUAGCUUGUACGCUUUCCGAGCUGUCAGACGUUUUGUUAUUGAUACUUAAAGGUCAACUACCACAAAUUGAUGGCUAGAGCAAGACCUUCUAAACUGGGAUCAUUCUCCCACCUUCCCACCCCUUCACCCCUUUUUACAAAAAUUUUAGUUCCUAGUUCCUAUCUAAAUUGGUAACACACCCAAUCUGUUACCAGCAAGCAGCAUGAAAGUAGAGAAGAAGCUGUUGGAGAGGUUCCAUUACCUGCAAAUAAAGGGGCUCUCAAGCAGCCCUUUGCAAUAGCGAUGGUGGAAAGCAGAUAUCACCUGCAACUUGUCAUUAUGCCAUGCCCUGAAGAAAACCAACAUUGAAUCUCUCAUUUGUUUGUUGUUGAUUGUUUUUGUUUUGUUUUUAUUCUGUUUUAUUCAUCUGUUCAAGCAGAGGGGCAGCGACAUUUCAGUCGACUGGCACGGAGGUGUUCUGUAGUUGAAUAGGAAGAGCCUGUCUAAAAAACUACUGCCCCACUUCAAAUUGCAGUGUUCUGUCACCUAGGCAUCAUCUCUUCCAACCCCUAGUAUUUGAUUACAAGGAAUCGAGGGGAAAAAAAACUUUCUUAGACACACUGGCACCAAGGUAAGAGGUGGGGCUGCCCAGGCAAAGUCAGUGAACAUGAAAAAUCAGACAAAGCAGAGAUGGAAAUAAGGCGCCUCUUGAGGAGAAAAGCAAUAAUGAAUAAAAGGACUUUCCUACAAUAACUUCACUGAGGACUCACGUUACCAAUUUUCAAUACUUACUAAAGGGAUUGUAAAAAACACCCCAGCAUUUUAGAUGUCUUGGUUACAUUUACAGCAUCGAGGUAACCUUUCUGCUGUUUGUUGUCCUCCUUGGUUGGGUACCACAAUUAAAGAUUUAUGCUCCCCUUCUCUUGUUUGAAAACAGUUAUUUGGUGACUUGAAGGCAAGGGAGGCAUAGCAGGGAAUUAACUAUUGGGUUAAUGGGUCAGUUCUCCUUGGAACUGAGUCAGUAGAAAGGGAAUGCUCCCCAAGAAAGACUGACAUGGUGCUAGUUUCCUCUCCUGGAGAGUCAAGGGUAAGUGACUUUCCAAUAGGUACUUCUAUACAGAUUCCAUUUUCUAAACUGUAUUGGGCCCAAUGGUCCUCCAUUGGCAUCUGCAGGGAUGUUGAACCCACUCAUCCUGUGCUGGGGAUGAAAGGAAAUUAUAGUUCCAUCAACCCCCUAAAAUUAUGAGCCUUUUUGCAACUAGCAAAGUACACAGCAAACAAAGCAAUACAUCACCAACAAGCAUUCUUUCAGAAAAAAUAAUCAUCUUCCCCCACUAAAAGCUGUUUUUUCAGCUUUAAGUGGCUAAGGGGCUUGGUGAGGUUUUUUUCUUCUUGUUGUUGUCAUCGUUAAGAUUUUUUAUAGCUCAGAUAUAAAAGGUCUCCAGCAAAGGCCUUUGCAAUAUAUUUUAAUUACAAACACUUGAUUUUGGGAAUUGCACAAAUUAACCUCACAUUAUUACUAGCUCAUUUUUAAAUGUUGGAACAUUCUGAAAUAAUUUCUUGUUGCAGAUUUAUCCUUUUUAGGAUUAUCUUCUAAUUCAGAUAAUCUUGUUCUGAUGAAGCAAGAACUAUGAACAUUGAAGCCAGGAAGAUUUGUGUUGGAUGUUAUUAAAAGGCAUUUUUAAAACUGUUCAAGCAACAGUAUAAUAAUUUUCAGGCAAAUUAUGUCUUCAAAAAUAAGUGCUCUAAAUUUUCUGCCAGGUCUAAAAAAGUUAUCAGGCAAUUCCCCUACAACAAGGGCUGCAGUUCUAUUGAUAAGUAGCUUAUUUAGCUGUACAAUCUAAUACCCACCAAGCACCAGGAUUUUUUACCAACUGGAAAGUUUUUUUUGAUCUGUACUGUAUGCAACUCCUACUUUUCAUUGCCUGUGACCAUACAGAAUAGUAAAAGGCUUCUCGAAGCAUGCCAGCACGAACGGGUCAGUGGCAAAGAACACAGAGUGCUGGACACAGCCGUGAAGCGUCUGUGCCAACCUAGGAGCUUAGUAGGUAGUAGGUAAAUCACUCAGGUCAAGUGUAGAUUUGAUUUAAUUCUGCCUGCUUUUAUAAGAAGGGUCAAUCCAUUUUUCUGCUGAGAGAUGUAUUGGGAACGUUACAGGUAGAAAUGGUUUUUAGAAUUCAUAGAACUGACAGGCCGUGGGAGCCCCCUCAGUUACAACUUGAUUUAAAUUUAGCACAGAAUGAAAUGAUCUGCUCCUCCCUAAUAACAUAGGAAAGAUUCGGGGAAAUGAGCUUUUCUCCACGCCCUCUAAAAGUGGAAAGCAGACUGAGAUGGUAAGUUAAAGGAUAAAAUCGGUCAGCCAUUUCCCCCUUUUAACAUAUCAGUACUUCUAAGGAGAGAUCCAAGCACAAGUUAAGUGAAUGAGCCAUUGAACUGAUAUAGCAGAGAUAUCUAAAUUAGGCCCGAAGACCUGAAACUCAUUUGGGGCUUGUCUUGGGACAUAACAAAUUGUCCUUGGUGAAUUUUCAGAAAAGUGUUUCCCCAAGGAAAGGCAAGUGGUUUUGGACAGAAGGAAAACAGAUUUUUAAGUAGGAAUACCUUCAGGCAUGGAAAAGCCUCCAUUUCUUCUUGUCAAUUUCUAGCCUCUUUUUUAAAAGCACAGUACCUAAUGAACAACGGGAAAAGGAUAGAAUGCUAGAAGACUCAAUCAUUCCCUAACUAGGAGGAGCAUUCUUUGAUUUUAAAUUUGAAGCUAUUCAAUGUCAGCUGGAGUAUGUGUAUGUUUGUAAACGUAUACAUAAACUGUUGUAAUGGCUUAAGAAGCUGCAGUAGACCUAUUUGUUUGCAUUGUAAAGUUUGAUUUCAAGGGAGUCAUGUUUUGGAAAACAGAUGAGGUUGAGACUUCGAGGUUUUAGUAGAUUCCCUUCUCACAUUCUCAUCUGAAGUUGUUUGGAAAAAGAUUCACACUUCCCCAGCCCACCUCCAGCCCCAUCCUGUCAAUUGUGCAUAAACUCUGGGAAUCCCGCUUGAUAAGUUGUUUUAAGUUCUGUUAAAGCAUUCAGACUAAAAUUCUGAAUGGCUUUAGCAUAAAGAUUAUAUUAUUGCCUGGCAUUACUUUAAAAAACGCGAUAUGACAUUGGUUUUCAAAAGCAGUGGAAUGACAGUAAUGUAAACCACAUUUUUCUUUUAAACGUGGGCACUUUUUAGUCUUUAAAGUUUAAAUAGGACAUAAUAACGUUAUUGGCAGUUGAAAAAAAGACUUUAAAAAUACUAUAGUGUUUAUAAGUGCCAGUUACAGAUGAUUAGAAAGACCAUUUCCAUUCUGAUGGUAACUUGGAAUAGCUUAUGCAAAGAUUAUAUUCUGUUUUAUAAACCUUUUUUUAACUUCAAAUUGCCAUUUGUGUUUCAACAUAAAUAUAAUUCUGCACUUCGAAUCAGUGUCAGAUGUUAUUAAAUUCAAAUGAUAAGUAUAUGGAUAAAGAUGCAUUAUUCCUUAUUGUGUAAUUUAUUACACUUACCAAAGCUGCAACUGAAUAAACCUGGUGAGGUGAGACCUUCAAAUAUAUUGAUAAGCCUUUGUUGUUACAACUGCUAAGAAAGGUAGCUGUGAUUUUGUUAUAAAGGUAUCUUAACAUUUGUGGUAAGGAUUGACAGAAUUUAAAGCAGUGUUGAGUACCACUUCCAUGUUACACUGAGUUCCAGUCUGUGUGGAAGGGACUGAAGGUGAUAUAACUCUUAUGAAUCAUAAUAGGCCAAGGAAGCCUUAAUAUCCAUGGUCCAUAAUCCAAUCUCAGAUUUUGCUCUUUACUAAUUCUUGCAAAUUGAGCAGGUAAAAUGUAUUCUCUUACAACUUCAUUGAGUCAAUCUCUUCCUUUAGUUUCUCUGCGGUAGUGCAUCCCAUUAAAAAUAUCUUUUCAAUUUAAUGUUUUUAUUUAGAAAAGGGGUUUGGUAAGUCAUGUGUUCCAUAUUAUAUAUUUUUUAUCCCCAUACUGCCCUCCACUUAUCUAUACAAACACCCCCAACACAUGCACAUCUGUAUACACAACUGUAUAUGCAGCCAGUUGGCUAGACAUACCUAAUAAAUAUCAACCAAGACUUUUUUUAAAAGAAAGAAUUUGUAAUCCAUGCUGUCUAGAAAUGUAAGUUAUUUACCGUAUUAGGGAAGCAGCUUAUAAUGCUAUAUAUGACUUUGCCUGCAUUUUAUAGUUAAGAAAUGUACAUAAAAAUUAAAAAUGCUAUAUUUUCAGAGUGUCAUUAUAGAGUAAUGUCUGUUUAGCAACCCAUGUCUGUUGGUACUUUAAAUAUGCUAAAUACUGAGCAAUUGCAAUAGAAUAGGAAUUCAGAUUUUCAUAUGAAGAUGAAAUAGGAGGAUACUGCAUCUCUAAAAGAUAGAUUGAAGAUAUUUUACUGUAUUCGUAAUGUGAUAGUGGAAAGAAUAUUUUCAAACUCACAAAUUUUACAGAGGUUGUAAAUAGUUUGAUGAAGUAUGUUGGGAAAAAGAGCUUCUAGUUUUCAUCACAAUAAAAAAAAAAAAACUUGUUCAGAUAUGCCUUGUGUAUCUUACACAACAAUUAGUGAUACUGCCAUGGAAAUGCAGUUGUUCCGCUUUGUCAGAGCACGUUCCUUGUCUACAAAAUGGAGUGGCCACUUGUCUUGGUUUAAAACACAGUAAAACAUUUUGAGUUGCAGACAAAUGAUUCCAAGCUCAAAAUGUCUUUGUCUGAAAAGGGGAAAACAUCUACACAGGAUUUUAUUGUGCUAGAGAGAAGCAUCCAGCAACUGUUCUCUUUUCUCAAGUUCUCUUCCUCCCUCAACAAAGUGGUUCUUGAUCCAAAAACCUAUAUAGAGGUUUAUUCUUGCCUAAUUCCAGAGAGAACAUUUUUAGGUGUAGUUAGAUGUUGACAAGAGUAAAUGCUAUGGAUAUGGCCACAUGUUAAAUGAAUCUAUACUGGCAAUAGGAAUAAGCUAAUGCCCAUUUUCAGAAAUUAAUUAAAAGCUGAAAGUGCCUGUCAAACACUAUGACUGAUGAGAUAUUCCUAUAUUUUUUACACAGCAAUAAUUCUUCAUCAGACUGGGUUUUUUCCUCCACAUUUGGAAAACAUACACACAAAGUAAAUAUAUGCACAUAGUAAACUGAAUCUUUCCACACACCCACCAAAAAAUCAUCUUGUCUUUUAAAUAUACCUAACCUUAACAUUAGCAUUUCUUAAUUCUGUCUUUCUCACUUGCAGGAUAUCUGAACAUUAAAGCUAUCUUCAAUGUGCACUGUGGCGCACAUGGCAAUUAUAAUUUUCUGAUAAAAACUUUACUGUGAUUUGUCCCAAAUGUAUGAAGCACUGUGUAUGGCUCAUAAAGUUUUGCUCGCUUAAAAAAAAAAAUUAUUUAGAGCAAACCACUGAGGGUUUUCUGUUUGUAUUCGUGUUACUUUAUUUUGUCCACUAAUAUCAAAUGCACAAGUCCAUUGUUAAUGUUUUCUUUUCCUUUUUCUCUAUUUUCUGUUAGCAUCAAAGAACCCUUUUAGAAGGAAUACUGACAAAAUCAUUUCUCCCCAUAAAGUCUCCUGACAUAUCCCUGAUACUUAGUAAACCUAGCUUUUAACUAAGGUUUGCAGUUCUGAAAAUUACCAGAUCUACAUUCAGAAGUUCAGUUUUUUCCUAUAAUUACUUAACUGCUAAAAGUGGAGUCAUGGACAGAAAUAUGUAAUGAGAUUAUGUGAAUAGACACGAACCCUGGAAAUUCUCCAGCUCUACUGUCGCAGUGCACAAAUUCAUCCAAACAAGCUAUUGAGGCUAUCGGUAAAAUUAUACUCUUUCAGAGCCAAAAAUUUUGUAAGGGCAAUUAAAAAAGCAUGACUGUGAGUAAAUACUCAGGCUUUAGACUGUGAAGACUGCCACAAUGGACAGUGUUCCCCUGAACCAGACCGCGUGCCUAGAAAAACCAUCUACUAUUUCCUCUUCCAAGUUUCAGAUAGGAAGAAAGAGAGAAGGAAAUUUGCCAGGAGAGAAGGAGGAAAAUAACCAAUGUGUCAAGGGAAAGCUGCUAGGUUCCUUAACCUCACUGAAGUCAGGUCUUCUGAUUGGGUUUCUCUCUGCGUUGUCUGAAAUUGCUAAAAUAACUUGAAAAGUCAAAAAUUCAUCAAACCAUGAAAAUAAGAGCUAUCCUUUAUUGGACACUUACUACAUGCCAAGCAGUGUGCUAGACACUUCUUACCCACGCGGCCACUAAUCCAUACAACACUUCAACAUUUUAUGGAUGGGAAAACUGAGGCAUGAGAGGGUGGCUAUGCUGUCCACAAACACAGAAAAUAGUAAACUUCCCAGUAGGAAUGUGACGUUGCCUAUCCCUGGCUUGGGAGCCUGUGUCCUUUCCACUGUAUACACGUCUUGCAUGCUCCCAGGAUCCAUCUCUACAUAUUUGUAACUAAGUAGUUUUAUUAUGGACAUCACUCAAGUGUAGUCCUCAUUUUUUCCAAGUAAAAUAUUGGAACCCAAUAUAACACAUGAUUUGAUGAUGGCACACAACAUUUAAAAUCAGAACUCUCCUGGCAAGUUGGGCAUGAGAAAUUCAUUAUAAGCAAGCAGCAACCACCCUAUAAUUCCCUGAACUUGUCACUUUCCUCCUAAAUGUUAGUCCUGGAACUCUAAAAUCAAUCAAAUCUUUUCCCUACAUAAUAGCAUUUUAGCCUGACUGGGUUUUCUCAUUUCUACAUAUUUCUUUGUAUGUAUAGUAAAAGUCAUUCCACUAAUUCAGAGCUGGUAGAGUCUUCUUACAGUGCAUUUGAAAAUUUCUCCUCCACGGAGGUAGUUAUUAAAAGCAGAAGCCAUUCGCAUAGUUGUUAAUGGGAUGCUGAUCACAGACAUAUUUGUACGUUGAGCAAAGAGAGAGAAUAGAGAAUGUCUUUUCAAAUUUCUCACCUAAGAGUACCAUCUUGGAAUGUUUAAAACGUCUUAUAAAUAAUUUGUUUAUAGUAUUGCUGUUAGCUUAAUUAAAUUUUAUGUAAGAAGCUGCCCAACAUCGGAGAAAGGAAAUUCUCUCCCCACCUCCCCUUUUUCUGUGUAGAACAGGGUUUCUGACAGUAUUGAUUCAUGGAAGUACUAAUGGACCUAGAAAACAUUAAGAGAAUGUCAUUUCUCAUAGUAUUUUUAUUUCUGAAAAUGAAUCUCCUGAAUUAUGUUCUUGCUCCCUGUUACUUGGCUGGCAGAAGAGAUAAAACCUGUAUAAGCAAAUUCCCUUCUGUGCUAAAAGCAAGUGUUCUGAAGACUGGGGCUCUUCUCAGUUAAUUGGGUUUCACAAGCAGUAAUUUCUCAACAACAAAACCACAACUUUGAGUUGAUAGAGAUGAAGAAUGAAAGUAGUCAUAUAAGCACUUUUUCUUUCUGAAUUUCAUCUCUAGAUUUAAAGUGCUUGAGACACUUUGUAUAAAGAAAGAAACAAUGACUUUUUGUGUUAGUUACUCUUUUUCCAAAGCAUGUUAACCAAGACUAUGACAGAGAUACAUUUUUGUUGAGGAACGAGGGUGAAUAGGAAGAUGGAAUUUGUGUCCAAGUCUCGUAGUAACAGUGUCCACACAAUCAAAAAGACAGAUAUUCUAGGGACAUGCCAGCAGCUUCCCUUUCUGCUAAUUUCAUUCUCCAAAGAUAUAGCAUAAAACAUGAUAGAAAACACCUUUGCCCUACUCAUAUUUCUAGUUUUCCCAUAGAAGAAUUUUGAAAUUCCAUCCAGAUUAAGUAUAUAUUUUGUUCCUCAAACUUUAUUCUAACAGAUGGGUAUUGUUGAACUGGGGCACUGGUGCCUGUAUCCAAGGCUCUUUCCUAUCAACUUGUCUGUCCACAAUUUGUUGUGUUUACAGAUUCAUUUUUUUAAGAAAUCACUGCCACUCCACGGGACAGUGGCUUUGAUUUGUUCAUGUCUUUGUGGGACACACUGCAUCACACGGCUAACCAACUCUCCGUGGACAUACGAUAACUACUUCAAAACCAGCUUGCAAACAUUGUCUUAUGUAUUAUGUCAUCCUGCAUCAUAAUGCAAUUAUGUGUAUCAUAACAUGCUCAUUUAAAAAGAGAAACCAGCAAAUUCAUGUUUGUCCAUAGAAGAAUGUACUCAGAACUUUCUGUGUUGUGAAAUGAUGAGAACAGACCACCUUUAAGAUUCCCACCUACCACUUAAGAUGGCUUAGUUAUAAUUAGUAGUAGUCUAGACGUUGCUCUUGGUGUGUGGGGGUCAAUUCAAACGUCGUAUUCUUUUGAGUAAUUCUCUCAGUUGUAUUUGAAAAAAUACAUGAGAAUAAAGAAAAACAUCAUCUUUGGCCAAGUCAAGCAGGCAUCUUUUUAAUUUUCCUUAAUAUUUUGCUCAUUAUACAUGGUUAUUGGAUCCCAAAAUCUUUCUGUGUAAAAAUACAAAAACAUCCUUAGUUUACAAAACAGUUAUUCUAGGCUUGAAGCCUCUCAACUGCAAAUGGAAUAGAUGUGCUGCGUCUGAUUCAUUUUACAGAUGUAAUUUUAGGAAAAAAAAAAAAAACUCUUGUUCUGUGACCCCAGAGAGUUCAAAUGUCAGAGGAGGUCCUGUGUGUCAAAGGAUAAAACCCCCAACGAUGCUGGCAAGCAAAUGUGUUAAUGUUUUCAAUCUUCAUUUUGUUUUCUGUUCAGAGUUUUAAUUGCAAAUGAAUUUAUUUCUCCGGCUUAUCUAAAGAUCUAAUUUCCCAAUAGUUUCCUCUGCAUUUAUAUACUCUGUAGUGUUUAGGCAACCCCUGUUAUAAGUUUAUUAAUAUUCCGUAAGUGUUGUUCUUGUAUUUAUGUAUAGUGUAUGUACUGUAAAUAUACUCAGAGCUUUUUUCCUUUUACUGUAAAAUGGUGAUUUUUUUUUUUGCCCUAUGAUAAUGUAAAGGGAGACCCUCCUAAUGAGAUUCUCUCAGAGGAUGAUUAUACCAGUCUAUUCUCAGAGAUUUAAAUGAACAAGUGUUAUCGUUUUUAAUGGUGUCUCAGACAUAUUCUGUUGGUGCAUUGCUUUUCUGUAUUCAACUUUCCUAUGAAUUGAGCUGUGAACCGAAAUAGAGUUUAAACCUUUAACUGUAUGCAUUUGUAUAAUUACCUGAAUGAAGGCAUGAAGGUUAAAUAAAGCAUUUUGUAUGGAA